AAGAUACUUCAUUAUUUAGCUGUAAUUAUUUCAAAAUUUGAAAAACUCAAAAUCUCAAGCAUUUCAAAUAAAGAAUAGUCAACCUAUGGUAGAACGCUGAGCACUGUUCUAAAUGCUGUGUCUCUGUAUCAUCCCUACAAAGUUAGUACUGGUACUAGCAGCUGAAACUUGGAGGGCCAGCCUGCAAGUAGUAAAGUGUGUUUCCAGUCAGGGUAGGCUCCACAUCCUCUUUAUCUCUGAGUGAUAACCUGGGCCUUCAUAUCAGAGAUGUCUAAAUCUAGUUCCAGUUGCACAACCACGGGUGCCAUAACUUCUCUGUUCCUCAGAUUUCACCCUCGAUGAAAUGAGGGCUGCUGUGUUUAUUAUACUUAAUUAAUGUUAUAGGAAUAAAGCUUCUAUAGCACAGCCUGUUACAAUGGUAAGUGCUCAACAAAUUUGAGCUGUUACUGGGCAUCCUGGUGUUUCCCUGGAUUGAGAGUACUCUUCAAGUGCUCCUGGCUCUGUGCUUACCCAUGGCCUUGACAGCAAGUCAUCUAACCUGAGACACACUUCAUUAAAGGGGAUGAAAAGUAAUUCUUAUCUCACUAGUAAAUGAGAUGAUAAUCGUAUUUGUCAUAUAGCACUUAAAUAAGUUUGGCUGUCAGCCUUAAUACCAUUUCUCCAAGGUGCCCUGGGAAAUUAAGUGUGAUUUUUACAGCAAGACUUACUUGUUUGAAUCCUGGAGAGCAGAAAUACUGGAAGCCCUGGCAUUAAUCAGGCCCCCAGCUUGGAAACAGCCUCUUCAGCACUGAUGUUUCUAUGAUUUCCAUCCUCAGAGUGCCCACAAUGGGCACCCCAGCCUCUGUGGUGAGUGAGCCGCUCCCUUGGCAAGCCCCCAUUGAGGCCCGGGGUCGUAAACAGGCCUCAGCCAACAUCUUCCAGGAUGCUGACCUGCUGCAGAUCCAGGGCCUGUUUCAGCGCAGUGGGGACCAGCUGGCCGAGGAGCGGGCCCAAAUCAUCUGGGAGUGUGCAGGGGACCACCGAGUGGUGGAGGCCCUAAGGAGGCUGCGCAGGAAGAGACCCCCAAGGCAGAAACCCCUGGCUCACUCAUUGCACCACUGCAGCCGGCUCAGAAUCCCAGAGCCCUGCUCUCCACUGGCCAAUGCACAGAGCAGUGCCCCUGAGACAGCCUCCAGUGAGCAGCAUUGGAACUCCAGGAGGACAAGUGCCAGGAUCCGCCGGAACUGGAGGAAACCAAGCCCCACAGGCUACCUUCACCAGAUCAGACACUGAUCCCAGGCUGGGAAUGGCAAGACCUUCCCCAGGAAUCAUGGGAACUUUACCAAAGGCCUGGGAGGUGAAGAUGGAAGACCUGAGGUAGGCAGCCCUGCACAGAUAAAUGAAAGGAAGAGGCCACUGGCACUGGCCUGCUCAACUCAGAACAGGACUGGAGGUUUCCCCUGGGCUCUACACCAUGUGAUACCCAUUCUUACCACAGUGAGAAGACACAGACUGUUCCUGCCUCAGCCCUUCUUGAUCUAACACUAUAACCUGGCCUGCAUGAUAUUCUCCUGGAAAUCAAACAGGCACUCAGAUGUAGCACCUCACCAUGUCUGCCCUAAUCUGCUGGCUACUACUGUCACCCAUAGUCCAGCAGCCUGUCCUACAUCCCUGGUGCUGUCAGGCCAGCAUGAGGAAACCAUGGUUUAAGUGGCAAAUAAAAACACUUGCAU